AUGGAGACCACAAACGGUAGCUUUUUAACUGAUUUCAUCCUCUUGGGCUUAGCCAAUCAUCCUGACCUGCAGUUGCUGUUUUUUAUUGUUUUUCUAUUUAUUUACAUAAUGAUAAUUGUGGGGAACAUGCUCAUUUGCAUCAUGAUCAUGGUAGAUCCAUCACUUCAUGCACCAAUGUAUUUCUUCCUGAAGGUUUUGUCAUUUCUGGAUAUUUGCUACUCUUCAGUUACCCUUCCCAAAAUGCUGGUGAAUUUCCUAUCAGAGGACAAGCGGAUUUCCUACAUUGGCUGUGCUUCACAAAUGUUCUUCUUGCUUUUCUUAGGGGCUUCAGAAUGCUUCCUCUUAGCAGCUAUGGCCUUUGACCGUUAUGUGGCCAUAUGCAAACCACUAAGGUACAUGACCAUCAUGAACAAGACAGUGUGCCUUUUACUAACAGCUCUGUCAGGGUUCAUUGGCAACGUGGUGUCUCUGCUUCAGACAGCAUGGGUGUUCACCUUGCCAUUCUGUGGAUCAAAUCAAAUCAAUUAUUUUUCUUCUCACCUCAUUGUGGUGACCUUGUACUAUGGGAGUGGUAGUUUAACUUAUCUAAGGCCAAAGUCCAUUAAUGCACAGGAUAGUAACAAAGUGUUAGCUCUGAUGUACACUGCCAUCACACCCAUGUUGAACCCCAUUAUCUACAGCCUAAGAAAUGCAGAGAUCCAUGGGGCAAUUCAGAAGAUAGAGGAAUUCAGCACAUUUCAUCAAGAAGAGGCAAUGGAGGAUGGCAAUGUCAUGUAA